UUCAUCAUCUUUCACAUCCAUCGUUUAUUCUACCCUAACUUUUGAAUAGAACGACUCAUUUAACCCCCUCUUCUUAUUUAGCAAAUACAUACCUUUUACUUUUUAUUCCUUUAUUACAAUGAGAGAAGUCAUUUCUAUUCACGUUGGUCAAGCUGGUGUCCAAAUUGGUAACGCCUGUUGGGAACUCUACUGUUUGGAACACGGUAUUCAACCUGAUGGUCAUAUUCCUGAAGCUCAAAGUGCCGAUGACAACUCUUUUGAUACCUUCUUCAGUGAAACUAGCUCUGGAAAGCAUGUUCCUCGUACCGUCAUGGUUGAUUUGGAACCUACCGUUGUUGAUGAAGUUCGUACUGGUGGUUAUAGACAACUUUUCCAUCCUGAACAACUUAUCACUGGUAAGGAAGAUGCUGCUAACAACUAUGCUCGUGGUCAUUACACUGUGGGUAAGGAAUUGGUUGACUCUGUUUUGGACCGCGUUCGCAAACUUGCCGACAACUGUACUGGUCUUCAAGGUUUCCUCGUUUUCCACUCCUUCGGUGGUGGUACUGGUUCUGGUUUUGGUGCUUUGCUUUUGGAACGUCUUUCUGUUGACUAUGGCAAGAAGUCCAAGCUUGAAUUCUCUGUCUACCCUGCUCCUCAAGUUUCCACUGCUGUUGUUGAACCUUACAACUCUAUCUUGACCACUCAUACUACUUUGGAACACUCUGAUGUCUCUUUCAUGGUUGACAAUGAAGCUAUCUAUGAUAUUUGUCGUCGUAACUUGGAUAUUGAACGUCCCACUUACUCCAAUCUCAACCGAUUGAUUGCUCAAGUCGUGUCCUCUAUCACUGCUUCUCUUCGUUUCGAUGGUUCCCUCAAUGUUGAUCUUAACGAAUUCCAAACCAACUUGGUCCCUUACCCCCGUAUCCAUUUCCCCUUGGUCACUUAUGCCCCUAUCAUCUCUGCUGCCAAGGCUUAUCAUGAACAACUCUCUGUUCAAGAAAUCACUUCUGCUUGUUUCGAACCAAACAACCAAAUGGUUAAGUGUGAUCCUCGUCACGGCAAGUACAUGUCCUGCUGUUUGUUGUAUCGUGGUGAUGUUGUCCCUAAGGAUACCAAUGUUGCUAUCUCUACCAUCAAGACCAAGCGUACCAUCCAAUUCGUUGACUGGUGUCCUACUGGUUUCAAGGUUGGUAUCAACUGCAAGGCCCCUACCUCUGUCAAUGGUGGUGAUCUUGCCAAGGUCAACCGAGCUCUCUGUAUGUUGUCCAACACCACUGCCAUCGCUGAUGCCUGGAGCCGUCUUGACCACAAGUUCGAUCUUAUGUAUGCCAAGCGUGCCUUUGUCCACUGGUAUGUCGGUGAAGGUAUGGAAGAAGGUGAAUUCUCUGAAGCCCGUGAAGAUUUGGCUGCCCUUGAAAAGGAUUACGAAGAAGUUGGAUCUGACUCUUUGGGUGAUUCUGAAAUCGAAAACGACGAAGACUAUUAGCUUAGCUCCUUAUGAUUUAUUAUAUUUCUCUCUCUGUCGAUAUAUGUCCCUUCUUUUGUCGAUAUUGAUGAUUCAAUAAAAAAUAUAUUUUUUUGUUAUAA